GCUGGAACGUCGAGUAUAUCGAGGUGUUGGCAACUUGGCAAAGGCGAAGGCUGCCCUCACAUCUGCUUGAACUGCCGCCAAUUCGAUAUACUGCUCACCACACCUGCAAGCCCAACUUAAUCUGCAAUCGGGUAUCCUACAUGCAGAGGACAGUAUGCGUGCAAUCGUCCGGGCGCAUCAGAAACGCAAUUUGGCGGAUUUCGAGAAAGCUCUGAAAGACUACCAGAAAGAGCUUUCUUCUGACCCGACAAUCCGAACCCAUCUAUCAGCACUCUACGACACCUUGCUCGAACAGAACCUUCUUCGAAUCGUAGAGCCUUACUCGGUCGUCGAGGUCGAAUAUGUGGCUCAACAAGUUGGUCAAGGGCGACAAGCUGUCGAACUCGAACUUUCGCAAAUGAUCCUGGAUAAGGUUUUCCAUGGUGUCCUUGAUCAGGGCCGUGGGUGUCUGCUCGUAUUUGACAAACCACAGGAAGACAACACCUAUGGAGCCGCCAUUCAAACACUAGAACAAGUGGGCAAAGUUGUAGAUUCGUUGUAUGCCAAGACGGUAAAGAUUGCGUAGUCCUACCCGCAUAGACGUUAUAUUGUAUCCAUAUUAUGGAUUCUACAUCUUCCCUUUCGAACUUUGGUUAGGUGUAUGAACCGCAUAAAUGCUCCUCUAUUUG